UUCCUUUCCAACUGUUCCCUCUAGUGGUAGGCCCAGAAAUUGCAACUAUCUUCACAACAAAGAUGGCGACAAGACUGUCAUGAGAAUGCUUCUUGGACAAUGGACACAAAUGAAAUAAUUCGCCAUGGUAAAGACAUAGAGAAACUCCACAAGAACGGUAACUACGGCGACAUAUCAUCUCUCCUUUCUAUCCUAUCCGACGCGCAUGUCUCUUUGGAACAGCUACAAAACACAGACAUUGCGCAGGUCCUCUACCUACUUGUCAAGUCCUGUCCAGAGGCAAAAGUGAGAAAAACCUCUAAAGUCCUACUUUCGAAAUGGAAGAGAUUAUUCAGCCAUGGAUUGCGUGUCUGCAAACAUGAGUCCAGUGUUACUGCAAAGGCAGAUGGAUCUACUGAACUCAUAAUCAACAAGCCUGCAGAUGCUUCCUCAGAUAGAUGUGAACUGGCCACGGGUGAUGCACCGUCUUGUUUUCAAGAUGACAGACCGUCAGCUGAAGCAAGCGGAGAUGGACAGAUUGAAUCUCAGACUCAUUCUGAUGUCAUUAGUGGAAUUGCACCUAGUAAAACACACGACCAACUCGUGACAAGAGAGUCAUCUUCACAGGAAGUGACAUCAGAGAUCAACUCAAGACAGGUGGAUUUAGAGACCCCUUCUAUAAACGCCGCCUCAGAGCCCUGCCAGGUCCGGAAGAAAUGUGUCCUGCUACUUCAACAGGCGCUGACCCCCGGGAAGGAUCCAGAGCACGCAGACGCGUUAGCAGCGUUAGCUUGCGACAUUGAAGGUCACAUUCAUGCACUGUAUGGCACAAACAUGCCCAAAUACAAGACCUGCGUACGGAGCAAGGUGGCAAACCUGCGCAACCCAAAAUGUCCUCAUCUCAGACAGGGUCUGCUGUCAGGCAGUCUGACACCAGAGGAGUUUGUCCAGAUGUCACUGGAAGACAUGGCGGGGGUGGAGUUGCGGAGGGAGAGGCAGGCGUAUGUGGCAGCUGGCAUUAAUGAGUGCCAGCUGCCGCGUGAUGUGGAGGGCACUCGCACCUGUAAGCUGCGCUGCAAGCGAUGCCAGGGCAUGGACUGUCGGGUCACGCAGAUCUCACGUGGCACACUCUUCCUUCCUUCCUGGGUGCGGCAGGGGAACCCUGGGGAAGAAGCCAUGACCUUUGUGACUUGCUCAGGAUGUGGGCAGCAGUGGUAUCAGAGUGGCUGGGUCUGCUUCUGACAUGGGGACAGGGGCAUUUUACCCAGAAAGGCGGUAUGAUGAGUCGCCUCAAUGGAUUAGGGCAGGACAACUGUUUAAACUGUGUUUUGAAUGAGCAUGAAGCAAAAGCUUGAAUUUCUAUUUUUGUUGAAAAAAAUAAAUCUGAUCCAGAACAAUAUUGAUACAAUUUUGAAUAAGUGAUGGCCUUCGCUGAUAUAGUGACUUGUGACUUUACAUCAUACAAGCAGAUUUGAAUGUGGGUAAAUCCAUCAUUUUGAAAUAAUCUACAUCGAGCUUUUACAUUCAGGAAUUGAUCACCAUAAAUUUAAACAACUUGAGAUUACAUUUAGAUUUUAGCGGAAGCAGUCGUAGAAUCAAACAGUCAGCAGACUUUGUGUUGUAUUUAAUUUAAUUUAUUUGUAAUUACACAAUGCAUUCUAAGGAUCUAAAUACAAAUGUGGCCUUUACUAAGCUGUGCAUCAAAAAAUAAAUCUUUCAGUAUUUUCAGUGGCAACCCAAAAAUCAGAAAUGCUAUCAGACUGAUAAGAUGACGUUAGUCUCUUCAGCCCAUUUUUCUUAAGAUAAACCGUUAUUCCUUAUGGAGAAAACCAGCAAUAACCUUACCCUGAGCAUUGACUGCAGGGCAUUUUACAGAAACAUAGGCUAGGCUUACGUAGCAUUCCCCAGUUAUUUGUGUGAACAGUAGUACUGACUCUAAUGUAAUAAGGUCACUUAAGAUCAACAGAGAAAUGGUCCUUUUGCAUUUGUAUUUAGAUGAACAUCUCUUGUCGUACAUCCUCUAGUACACUAUUAUAACAUUCUAUCUUCUAUACAUCCCACCUACAUACCAUCCCUCUAGAACACUAUUAUUACAUUCUAUCUUCUAUACAUCCCACCCAUAGACGUAUAUACAUAGACGCCCCAUUGUCUGCUUCAGAACGUUGCUGCGACGUGCCAACUCGCCGCCAUCUUGGGGAGGUGAUGACUGGCCAGUAAACACAUGCAAGUGAAUGGGGGAGCUCCUGCUUUUCUGGAUAAAAGCACUAUAGCGUUUACAUUUCUCAACCGAUUUCAUUGAUUCGUUUAUAUAUUGAAUGAUUUAUGAUCUACGA